AUGACUCCGAUAGACAGAGAGCAGAUCGAGGGUCUGCGUGCAAUACGAGCCUUCCUCAAGGUGCGGACUUCUUACGAUGUGCUGCCGCUCAGCUACCGCCUCAUCGUCUUCGAUACAUCUCUACUGGUCAAGAAGAGCUUGAACAUCCUCACACAAUGCGCAAUUGUCUCAGCACCACUAUGGGAUUCCAAGACCUCAACAUUUGCCGGCCUCCUUACCACCUCCGAUUACAUCAAUGUCGUCCAAUACUACUGGCAGAAUCCGGAAACGCUGCAACAAGUGGACAAGUUCCGCCUCAGUAGUCUGAGGGAUAUCGAGCGCGCCAUUGGUGUGGAGCCCAUCGAGACACUAUCCAUCCACCCGCUACAGCCGCUAUACGAAGCCUGCCGCCGAAUGCUUGAAUCUCGUGCCCGCCGCAUUCCGCUGAUUGACACUGACGAUGAGACACAGCGAGAGAUGGUCGUCAGCGUGGUGACGCAGUAUCGCAUCUUGAAGUUCAUCUCGGUGAAUGUGAAGGAAACGCAGUCGCUCAAGAAACCCUUGAGAGAUUUGAAGGUCGGCACAUACACGACCCUGGCAACAGCGACCAUGGACACUCCAGUGAUGGAUUGCAUCCACAUGCUGGUCAAGAGGAGCAUAUCGAGCGUUCCAAUUCUGGACAAAGAUGGAACAUUACUGAACGUCUUCGAGGCAGUAGACGUGAUUACUCUGAUUAAGGGCGGAGACUAUGACAACCUCAACCUCACAGUGGGCAAGGCGCUUGAAAAGCGAUCAGACGACUUUCCUGGAAUUUACACGUGCACUCUCAACGACCGCCUGGAUACGAUUUUCGACACCAUUCGCAAAUCUCGAGUACACCGCUUGGUCGUCAUUGAUGAGCACAAUCAGUUGAAGGGACUGCUCUCCCUCAGUGACAUUUUGGACUACACGCUCAAUAGCCCGCUAGGCGACACAGACGACUAGAAUUCGCAUGGAGCGGAAACAUGGAUGGGCAACGACGAGCUACGAAAGCCAUCUGGCCUUGAGUCUUGUCGCAAGUGCUGCGCUUGGCUGAAGGCGGAUGUGAAGCAUAUGAUACCCCAAGCAUUGAGUGUAUACUAAGUGCCGCACCGCGCCGCGUUAAUUCGUGGAAUUCGCGAUAGAUGACUGAUUGAUUGAUGGAAUACUGGCGCUUCAUUGCCAU